UAUAAUAACGACGAGACACCAUCCAAUCAUCUCCCGUCACAAAAUACAAACCACCGCCACCACACCCAAUCCAAUCCCCCAAACCCCUCUCACGCCACCAACCGCACCGGACGAAUCUCCCGCCGCAUCACCUCCGGCCACCGGGCUCUCAGCCGCCGCCGAUUUCUUCGCAGCCGCCGGCGCCACGGCGGACGCGGGCGCAGGAGCCCCGAACAAGCUAAUGGGGAGCAGGACCUUGUCCACCUGGUACACCGCCAGCUGGCCGUCGGUGUAGACGGUGUUUCCCACGGAGGCAUCGUCAACGCCGGUGGAGACAUUGACCUGGUUGCCGGAGGUUGUGACGUUGAUCUGAAACCCGCUGUCCCCUGCCUGGGUCCGGAUCGGGUUGCUCACCGUCUGGAAUUGGGGCAGCGAGAGACCUUCUGCUGGUCGGAGAUUGAAUUGAGGGUGCCUGAAGGGAGGGCCGAGAAGGCCGCGUCCGUCGGGGCAAACAAUGUAAUCCCCUGCCCGGCGGCCGUGUUGUUGAGCUGGGCGUCAAUCUGGGGCCCCAAUUGGGUCGUCCUCAGAAGUCGGAUUAGGAUCUUCGUCACGUUAGUGGGCCCAGCGGGUGCUGGGCCUGGGGUUUGGGCCACCGCGCAGGUCCAGAAGAGUACGAUUAGAAGGACUGAGAGUGUAGGGAAUGUUGCUAAUUUGGUGUAUGCAAGGUUAGGAGGGAGAGGAGAAUAAGGAGGCUUUUAUGGGGGAAUAUUUGGAGGAGGAGAGAACUUAUUAAGAUUGGUUUGGUGAGGUGGGAUUUUAGUUGGGAGGGAUAAUAUUUAGCAGAAAAUAAAAAUGUGUCAAGGAUGUCAAAGCUGCUGGUGGGGGGUUGCGAUUGUAGUUAGAAGUGUUAAAAUGACUGUUAGCGGAUUAAUUUUGGUGUGUUUAUUACAAGCAUUUUUCAUUUUAUAGCUGCACAUAAAGAAGAUGAUAUACUUUAUUAUAUAUUCCCCUUCUUGACUGAAGUAUUGUCAUUAUAAACGUCUUGGAUACAAUUUCAGCUUCAAGAAUUGAGUUUGAGUUUGAAUAAUAAUCCACCUUGUAAUAUGCCUUGAGUGAGUCAAAACGAUUUAUGUUUAUACUUUGCCAUGUAUUUUCUUAACAGCUGUCCGAGUCGAGCUCAUAUUUAUCAAAGUGGAAAGAAAUGUUAAAGCUUGGUUUUGUUGCAUUUAACAAACCCAG